AUGAAUAUGGCUAACGGAUAUCAGUGUAGCAAUCAGCCAUUGUACCAGGAAUGGAUUGUGGAUAGUGAUGGUAAAUUCAAUGUCAUGUUUGCUUGCCAUGACCUCAUAAGCUCUGUAGUUCAUGAGGGUAGUACAGAGUUGCACGCCGAGGGAACCUUCAAAGUUGUGCCAUCUAAUCCGCAUUGUAGGCAACUUUUCAUCAUACAUCUGAUUUUACAAAAUCACAUGAGUAAAUAUAUAUUUUCAACAAAUUUGAAUAAAUAA